GGAAGCCAGCUCCUCGGCCGUGUUAUAAAAAGGGGCGGGCGGCCCCGGCACGGCUGGAUUCGGUUUCGCUGCUGCCGACGAUGAGCCGCCGCCUGCUCUGCACCCUCGCGGUGCCCACGGGCACAGCGCUGGCCGCGGCCGCGGCGGGGAUGCAGAUCUUCUGCCAGGCAGACAAAACUCCAGGUGGGGAAAAAGCCGGCAUGAAGGAGACAAAGGCAACCAGCACCAAAUGGUGGCUGAGCCAAAGGCAGGAGCACUCCACAGGGAAGAGCAAGGUAUGUGACCUGACUGGCUGGUGGGAGAAUGACCUGGGCUCCAAGAUGUUUGUGGACAAGGUUGACAACCAUGGCAACUUCUCAGGCGAGUACCACACUGCAGUGUCCAGCACCCAGAAGCCCAUCGAGCCAUCCCCCCUUGUUGGCUCCCAGCACCUGGACGAGGAUGGGCUUUGCACCUUCGGAUUCACUGUCAACUGGAAGUUUUCUGACUCCACUGCUGUCUUUGUGGGUCAGUGCUUUGGUGCGAACAGCAGUGAGGAGGUCCUGCAGACCUCCUGGAUGCUGCGGGAGAAGGUUGACUCCCAACACAAUGACUGGAAAGCCACAAGGGUGGGACGUAACACCUUCAAGAGGAUGGCCUGAGAGGAGGAUGGAGAACCUUCUUACUUCAGACGUGGAGAGCCUGAGGCACCUGAGCACCAUCAGUCUGCACCAGCAUGGGGGCUGCUACUAGCCCUGAGGGAAGAUGUGCCCCCAAAACAAAUAAAAUGAGCUAUUUUUAACUUCAAACCC